AUGAGUUUUCAUCUGAUCAGAUUUGCCAAUGGGGACAUUGCUGUUGUCCCGGAUAAGUGGUGUGAUGACGGGAUGGUGUACUGGCCAAAAUAUAAAAACACAGAACGUGCCAAAAGGGCAGCUGCCAACAGCGAGGACCAUGAGCCAAACUGGCCAAAAUAUGAUAUCACGAUCAUCAGAACUUGUGACAACUACAAAGAUGCCUGUAGGAUUAUGGAGCAGUAUCAGACCGGCUGCAACACCUCUGACCUACAGUCUGAGGCAGAGCAGGAGUGUGGGCCACCAGAUAAGAGGCAAAGGAGGCCAGUCCAUCGUUUCGGAGACUCUGACCAGAGCGAAGAAGAUGUGGAAGAUGUAGUGUCUCAGUUGGAAGCACUACCAGUGCUUCCAAGCCCAAGCCAAUUUCCCUGGCAGACAUCUCACCAUGGGGCAGGACUGCAUCACCCUGCACCCGCAUUGAGCAUGCAGAGAGUUACUCAAGGAACUGCAGUCCCUCCUCAACUCCCUCCACCCCCGGCACCAGCCCUCAACAUGGAGCCUUCUUCAAGCCUGGCCUACAGACCAACAUGGCGAGGGGGAAGAAUGGCUGAUACCAUUCCCUGCUCUGCGGCCGAGUUCCAAAUCCUUAGCUUGCUGGAAACCAUCAAACAGCAAAACGACCAGCUUGUGGCUAAGGUGAACCUGCUCACCAGUAGGAUGAACAGCACCCCGGGGCCAGAUGCGGAGAUGCCAGACAGCUUUCAGUUUCCCCUGGAACAAUUGGAGGCAGUGGAGGCAUUUGAAAUGUUUUUAAAGGAACCGUCAAAUGGCCCAGCUCGACAGAGAGUGAUUUCAUCUUUGGCCACCAUUGGAGGCCAGGAUGUGAAGAGGGUGACCUGGAACAUCCUGGGCAGGCUGUUCACAGAUGAGGUCUCCCAUCAGAUCAAUUGGAAGGGUGUCAACAACAAAAAGCCUUUUAGUAGGAUGGCAACAAAGACCUUGCUUUUCAGUGCUGUGAGGAAAAACGUGGUGACACGGUCAGCCACGGACGCGGAGGUCACCAAACACGCCAUCAGGUGGUUCAACCUGGCGGCGGAUCGGGCGGCGAGGAGACUUGUCCUUCCUCCAUCCACUCCUCCACCCGAAUAA